AUGCUGCUGGCUCGCCUCCGCCCGGGACAUCUCCUGCGGGCCGCCCUGCUCCGCCUGCCCCUGCCGCGGGGAGUCGGAGGCGGCGGGGAGCCCGCUCGGACCCCGGGCACCGCUCGCGCUGAGCAGGCUCACAAGGUGGUUGCAAGUUACAAACCUUCACAGUUUGACAAAAAAAUCCUUGUCUGGACCGGACGUUUCAAGACAGAAGAAGAGAUUCCGCCGAGAAUCCCGCCAGAGAUGCUGGACAGAGCAAGAAACAAAGCUCGGGUUAAAGCUUGUUACAUCAUGAUUGGACUCUCAAUUGUUGCCUGUUUCGCAGUGAUUGCCUCAGCUAAAAAGGCUGCUGCACGUCACGAGUCCUUAACCAGCUGGAACUUGGCAAAGAAGGCCAAGUGGAGGAAGGAGGCUGCACUGGCAGCGGAGUCGAAGACAAAGUAA